CACUACAUUCCUCCUAUCUCACCUUUCCUCACCACUCCGCUCCAACUCUCCCAUCAGGACCACAGAGAUGUUCAGCGGUGUCGAAAACAACACAAAGGGAGAACUUUACUCAUUUUACCCUUUAAAGCGAAAACAUCACUGAUAACUCAGCUGCCCUGCUCUGUGUUGCGCUUCCAUAUGUCGCGAAAGCAGGUCGACCAUGACUACACCCUGCGGAGUAUGAGCAACCUGAUGGGCGAGCGCUGGAAGAAAGUCAACGACGGAGGCGAGCGCAGCCUCAUCAAAGCUCCAUCCAGCGGCAGCAUCAGCAGCCAGGGCGCCGCCACCGGAGCCUCCACCCCGGGGGCAUCAGCCCCGGCCGCCGCCGGAGCCUCCACCAACACCAGAGACUUGGAGCGGGCUGCCCGCAAGCAGUUCCAGCAGGAUGUCACUCCAGGCUUCGUCUACGUCCUGGCCGUAUUCUCCGCGCUGGGGGGGUUUCUUUUCGGAUAUGAUAUCGGGGUGAUCUCCGGGGCCAUGCUCCUGCUCAAGAAGGAGUUGGACCUGAGCGCCUUGUGGCAGGAGGUGCUCAUAUCGAGCACCGUGGCCGCGGCAGCCCUGUCUGCCCUGCUGGGAGGCUUCCUCAACGGGCUCUUCGGGCGCAGGGUGUGCAUCCUGCUGGCCAGCUUCUUCUUCACAGUCGGGGGGAUUGUGCUGAGCACCGCUCCCGGGAAAGAGGCGCUCCUUGCGGGGAGGCUAAUUGUUGGAGUGGGCUUAGGUAUUGCCUCCAUGACAGUGCCUGUAUACAUCGCAGAAGCCUCUCCACCCCACCUCAGAGGUCAGCUAGUGACCGUUAACACUCUCUUCAUCACCGGGGGACAGUUCACUGCCAGCCUCAUCGACGGCGCCUUCAGCUACAUGCGGCGUGAUGGAUGGAGGUACAUGCUGGGUCUGUCUGUGGUUCCUGCUGUGAUCCAGUUCAUUGGAUUCCUCUUCCUGCCGGACAGCCCUCGUUGGCUGAUCCAAUGCGGGUUGACCCAGAAGGCCCGCCGGGUGCUCAGCCAGAUCCGAGGCAACCAGAACAUAGACGAGGAGUAUGACAGCAUCAAGAACAGCAUCGAGGAAGAAGAGAAGGACAGCGGAGGAGAUGGCCCUGUGAUCUGGAGGAUGCUGACCUACCCACCGACUCGGCGAGCUCUAGUGGUGGGAUGCGGCCUUCAGAUGUUCCAGCAGCUUUCAGGAAUCAACACAGUCAUGUACUACAGUGCCACCAUCCUGCAGAUGUCGGGAGUGCGUGACGACAGACUGGCCAUCUGGCUGGCAGGGCUCACCACUCUAACAAACUUCCUGUUUACCCUCCUGGGAGUGUGGCUUGUGGAGAGGGUGGGCCGUAGAAAGCUAACUUUGGGCAGUAUUCUAGGUACAUGUUUGAGUUUGAGUCUACUGGCCAUAGGUUUUCUGAUGUCUGCUCAGCAUAGUCCUCCUGUUACUGUCCACCCACUGGACCCCAUGAUGGCUAACUCAACCUGCUCCAAGUACCAAAUGUGCGAGCCUUGCAUGCUGGACCCUCGCUGUGGUUUCUGUUACCGUGAGAACGGCUCGACACUCCUCGCCUCCUCCUGUGUGCCGGUCAAUAAGGCCUCCACCGAGCGCGCAGCGUGGGGCAGAUGUUCAAAUUCUACUCUCAUGAGAGAUCAGACCUACUGGGCCUAUAACUACUGUCCCACCUCAUAUUCUUGGUUGGUUUUGUUGGGGCUGGUGCUGUACCUGGCUGCUUUUGCUCCAGGUAUGGGACCAAUGCCAUGGACCAUUAACUCAGAGAUCUAUCCCUUGUGGGCGAGGAGCACCGGGAACGCCUGCGCUGCUGGAAUCAACUGGACCUUCAAUAUCUUGGUGUCUCUCACCUUUCUCCAUUUGGCUCAGUACCUCACUUAUUACGGGGCUUUCUUCUUGUACUCCAGCAUGGCAUUACUGGGUUUCGUCUUCAUCUAUGGCUGCCUGCCAGAAACUAAAGCCCGGCGCCUGGAGGAGAUUGAGGCGCUGUUUGAUAACCAGCUCUGCUCAUGCGGCGCCUCUGAUACAGACGAGGGGCGGCAGGUUGAGUACAUCCGCGUCAAAGGUUCGAAUUACCAUCUGUCGGACAACGAUGCGUCAGAUGUGGACUAGAAAGAGCUUGUGUGUCGUUGACCCCGCUCUGGGUCUGGGUGAUCUCCAAAACAUGCAGAGCGAUCUGGUCUGUAAUAUUUAUCUCAUUUGUGAUCCGUGGAGCCGCUGGUUACCCUCUCCGCGAGGUUAAGACGGACCUUGAUCAGGAAGCAAGACUGUUUCCCCACACAGUGAAAGCAAAAUAUUCUGCUACAACUUUGUUCCUAUAAAAAAAAGCUAUGGUACAUGUGUUGUUUGGAAACCAGGUUUGUGCAUCCACAUCACCUUAGCUGACCUGACAGCUGUUGUCGUGACUUGUUGUAUCUCCAUAGUGCCGUUAUGCCUUUCAGUAUGAGAAACGUUUCGGAUUAAUGUUGUUUCAGCUUGUAGCACAAUGCAGUAACGUUUGCUCCCCUAGAUGACAGUCUCCAGUUUGUGGAUGGUCUUGAUCUUUUUAUGAAAAGCAAUCAGCACCCUUGCACAAUGUUACACCUGAGCAAACAUGUAUUCUUAUUGCUUGACUAACCAAAACCCUGUUGGGCGCACUGAAAGGAUUAUACAGUAUGUUCUGUUGCUGGACUAUUUCUUUCUGAAAUACAUCUUCACGGUUGUUUUGCUUUCAGGUUUUUAAGUUUCUCGCCUAUAAAAACUGCUGGUUUUUAGUGUUGUGCAGAGUUUAACUUUACUGUCACAAGAUGUGCCAACAAAUCCCCUCAGAAUGAGUCUCAUAAACCACUACUCAGAGGAACUGCUUACUGGACACAUUGUAAAUGUAUUAUGUCCUGAUGAAGCAGUGAAGUAAACCUUUCAUUCUAUAAUGCAGGUGUUAAAGCAUUCUAUAAUGAACACCGUAAUAUUAGUGCCCGUGUAAUGUGCCUGAUGUCCAUUUAUGUUGCAUUCCCUGCAUGUCUGUCUAAAUAGCUUCUUCGAGUUCUAAUAUGUUUUUAGUCUUCCUCAUAGCCUUAUGUACAAAGUAGAAGAGACUUUUGUUUCAGUCUGGCUUUAAUGUCAUUUGGCAAUGUUUUGUAACAACCGGUUUGUAGUUACUACGUGGCUCUUGGUUUCAGGAAGAUCUCUGUGUAGCAAAAAGUGUGGAAUCAAAAUAAAAAAAAUAAAACUGUGUUACAGUAACAUGUAAAUAAAGUAUAUAUGCUGCAACAGAGCCCAAUAGACAGGUUUCCAAUGGCAGAUCCAGGAUAAUUCAUGUCUGUACCUAUUAAAAUGUAUCUCUGUUCAAAUAAAGCUCACCAUGAACUCCCAUGCUACAUUAAUUAUUUAGGUAAAUUUAGUAUUUCUUGUCACACUGACACAAGCAUGCAUUUGAAACUGGGAGAUUUAUUAAAAAAAAAAAAAAAAAGCAAGUGGUAUUUUCAACCCAAAUAUAACCAAAACAAUGUUACAAAGCAGGAGACUAGCGCCCUCAUGUGGAAAGAUGUAGAAAUGUCUAAGUAUGACCAAAAAUGUGAAAUAAGGAAAUAUUUUCAGCCAUGGGUAUAGAAACACACACUUGAACCUUUCCACGUUUUCUGACAUUACAACCAUAGUUUUUGAUGUGUUUUAAUCUGAUUAUAUGUGAUAGACCAACACAGAAAAGUACAUUACUGUAAAGUGGAAGAAAGGUUAUACAUGGCUUUUUGAAUUUAUUUAAUGAAUACAAACGUGUCAUGUGUUCAGCCUCCCUGAGCAUGCGAGCUUUUGUUGCAACAUAUUCCCAGUUGAAUUUAGGUCUGGACUUAGAAUGGGCCAUUAUAAAAGAUGAAAACGGUUUAAUCUAAAACAUUCAACUGCAGCUCUGGCUGUGUGGUCAGGGUUGUAUUCGUGUUGGAAGGUGAGCCCCUGCAGCCCCAUGGUUUUCUUCCAGUAUUUCCCUGUACUUAGCUCUAUGAAUCAUUACAUACAGUUUUCUAGCAAGAACAGAAGAAAAGCAUCCCCUCAGAAUGAUGAUGCCACCUUGUUUCAUGAGGAUUUAGUGUUGGUUUUCUGCCAGUUUUUGGAUUUUGCAUGCUUUUUAAAACACCAAUGCUUAUGUUGAACACCUGUGAUGUGUAGUAAUAGGCCAAGAACAUAUAUAAAAACUACCGCUUCAUUCAAAAACCUGCAUUAUGUUGUAAAAUGUGCUGCAUUUUUCUCACUGAAGUUUCACAAUAAUCCACGGAGCAAAAGACCUGAAGGGUAAAGAAACACAAUCCUUUACUGUUUAACUUGGUCAAGCUGUCUUAAAACCACACAAACUUAUUUUGUACAUAUACUGUACUAUGGGAAACGUGUUGACACAAUAUUAAGUGACUGUGUACCUUUCAUAUGAUGCACAUCAAAGGUACUGUGAUGUUUAGCCCUCCACAUUGGCAGAGAGGUCAUGUGAUGUGUAGUUAUAGUAAAAUGAUUGCAUUUUUUUAUUUUAUGUGAACUGCUUAUAUGUUUCUAUAUUAUUGGGUAAUUAAAACACAAAUAAAAGAAUCUCUGUAUGGUAUAUUUGAUUAUGUUCAUGAUGUAAAUGAUUUGCUAGAGUUUAUAUUAUAUGAAGAUUAAUAUCUACAUGAAAUCUAAUGUAUAUGAAGAAAGAAAUAAACUCAAGACUCUAA